ACCGGAAGUAUCGGAUGGACUGUGGCUCACCUUAUUUCUUCUGUAUGCUCAUGCAACCAGAUUUAAGCUUUAUUGUAGUCAGUCAUGACAAAACAGUUUUAACACUGGCGGCACUUGCAAUUACGCAUUAUACAGUUGUGGUUUAAUAUCAUAAUAGAUUAUCGUCGAGCAAUUAGUAAACCCGGCAUGAUCAGUAAUUGAUUGUUGCAUUGCUGAACAGUAGAUCCUGAAGCGAAGGUGCUUUCAAAUGCUCGUCGAAGACUCCUAGGUAAUAUGAAUGAAGGCACCAUGUCAGAGUUUACCCUCGAUAUCCAGCUGACAGAGUUGGGUUUUUCAAACUGGAAUUUCCCUCUCUGUGAGCCACAGAGUGUUAAAGAGAACUUUUUGCCAACCCAGAAUGGCACUGAAAAGCCAGCAGCAGAGACUGAAACGCCUACCGACUGUCAUGAAGAUGCCUGUGUUGUUAGGAGUGCGUCUGCUGACAAAAGCUUUCUACAGGACCAUCAAUAUUUCACUCCCUUCACGGACAACUCAAGCAAUGGAGAAACAGCUCAAAGCAAUUCCAAAAUCAUUUCCACAGAGAACAAGGAUAAAGCCAUUUGUAAUUCGUGGAAUAGAGGAAGAAGAAGAAAGGAGAUAGAACAGAGUGAUGAUGAUGAUGAUGAUGAUUAUGAUUAUGAAGAUGAUGAAGAUGAUGAAGAUGAUGAAGAGGAAAACGGACAAGUGGGAAAGAAAAAUAAUGACAAGGAACAGAAAUGUUCAGAGGUGAGCCAGGAAGCCUCUGGUCUCACGAUAGAUGAUGCUAUGUCUGGUGAAGAAAGGACAGAUGAAGAUGCAGAAAUUGUUUUGACUGAUGAUGAUGUUGAUGAGGAGGAUGAAGUAGAAGAAGAGGAGGAGGAGGAGGAAGAUGAUGUCGAGGAGGAGGGGAAGGUGGAAGAAGAAGGUGAUGAUGAUGUUUCCUGGUCAGAGACAAAUGGAUCUGGAGAGAAUAAAGAGAAUCGCUGCCAUGUAUGUGAUCUCACCUUCUCCUCUCUCUUCUUACUCCGAGAGCAUUUAAAUAUGCAUACGGGGGGUUCGCCCCUACCGCUGCGACGAAUGUGGCAAGCAGUUCUGCCAGUUAGUCAAUUACCGUGCACACCUUCGCUCCCACUCCCAGAAGGCGUCCAUCCACUGUCGCGUUUGCUCCACCAUCUUUGA